AUGACCGGCAUGAUCUUUGAGGUUGGAAAGUACGACGACGGCGAUGAUUUCAAUCCUACGCUGGAAAGCCAAGAUGAUGAGGAUGGUCAAGAUGAUGAGGAUGAUGAGGAUGGUGACGAUGAUGAGGAUAGUCAUGAUGAUGAGGAUAGUCAUGAUGAUAAGGAUAUCCGUGACGACGAGAAUGACAUCCAAGAAGAUGAAGAUAGUCAUGAUGAUGAGGUUAUCCAUGAUGAUGAUGACCAAGAAGACGAGGAUAGAAUAUCCAAGAUGCAUAAUCCAUGUGAAUGCUGCCAGAUCAAGCUUAAGUUUCUAAGGCAGAUCAAUGGCAACUUCAUGCACAGCCUGGUCAUACCAGAGUGGUUUGUGAACCAAUUUGGAGGAAAGAUAUGUGGAACAGUCAGACUAGAAACCUCUGAUGGUAACAUGUAUGAUGUUGGAGUCACUGAGAGUAUGAACAGAACAAUCUUGAAGUCUGGAUGGUCAUCAUUUGUUGAUGCCAAUCAAAUAGAAGAGAACUAUUCAUUGAUGUUUCGAUACCUUGGAAAUGCCCGCUUUGAGGUUACAAUAUUUGAUUCCAAUGGUAAAGAGAAUACCUGGUGCUGUUCUGGGAUGAGAAAUGCCUCUGGUGUUCACAAGCCAAGCUCAUUUGAUGUUGAUAAUUCUAGUAGCCGUGGUGGUACUACUCAGUCUUCUGCAAGCGAAGGAUCGGAUUCAGAUGGAAGCCAGAAGGAAAGAUCUUAUUCUUCUGAAGAAUCGUCAGCAGAAUACAAUCUAUCAAUAGAUAAUCCAGUGGAGUCAGAUGAUGUUAGGAAUUAUUAUGUCUUAUCAGGCAAGUGCGAUCUUACAGAAGCGCAGGAGUUGAAAUUACAUGCAUUUGUACAGAAGAUUCGACCGGAAAUCCCUAUGCUUGUUGUACUGAUGAAGAAGAGUAAUGUGAGACAUCAUGGUGAUCUGGUAAUACGUAAGGAUUAUGCACACAAGUACCUGCCAUGCAAAGAUACAAAUAUCAUACUCCAGCUGCCUAGGAAGAACAAAAUUUGGGAGUGCAAGUUCCAGAUCAGGCCAUCAGGCUCGACUGAUGCUGGUCGGCGCAACCUUUCUUUGGGCGACUUUGUUGGUGACAAUCUUGUUAGGGAGGGCGAUAUCUGCCUCUUUGAACCAAUGACAAACACUAAGCAGAAAAGAUUCACAAUGACAGUCCACAUCCUUGGCAAAUUGAGUAUUGAUCAUUCCCCUGGAAGAACAACUGACAUUGGCUCUAAUCAUGGAAGGAGAUGCACCAAGAUGGGCGGAGUUAAGACCAAACCACCUAUCAAUGGUGAGGAGUACUCUUCACAACAUGAAGAGUGUGGUGUAUCUGAUAAUUCUGAAGAAUGUUCUGAGCCUCCCUUCAUGUUGCCUCACAGAUCUUGUCUAACAACAGCACAGGAGAACAAAGUGCUGGAGAAAAUUAAUGACAUUGGGUCAGACUCAGAAUUGCCCUUUUAUGUUGCUAUCAUGGGCAAGAUCAAUGUAUGUCGGGAUAGCAGCCAUUACAUUAACCCUCCAAUCCUAAACUUUGGGUUUCGGUACGCGGCCAGGUAUCUUCGUAAGAAGUUCACUGCUGGGCAUCAUGGUGGCAAGUGUAAUGCAAUCAACUUGGUACUUCAGCGGGAGGGGAAGAGCAGACCAUGGCCUACCAAGCUGCGAUAUACGCAUAUCAUGCGAGCCUCAAGCCAGCAGAUGAGGGUUAUCAAAGGAUGGCCGUCUUUCGCCCGCGACAACCGCCUGCGGGAGGGGGGCCUCUGCCUCUUCAAGCUGAUGGAGAACGAGGAGCAGUUGACAAUGAUGGUCUACAUCAUUCGCCGUGAGAAAUGUUAGCCUGAAAGCAUGUCUUGCAUGCUUGCUGCUCUGAUUAUUUUGAGCUUUGUGAGUGGAAAAAUAUGUGUGGUAGUGUGUCUUAUCUGCAAAAGAGGGAGCCGUACAUCAAGAAACUUAUAUGUUCUUCACUAGACCAUUAUAUUAUUGGUUUCUUAGUUCUAUGAGAACUUUGUUAAUUUGAGAGUAA